AUGAAUGCGCCACCCGUAUUACGGCCGCUGAGGGCCAUAUUGCAGAGGCGGCUGCAACUUGUGCCCUCUCGUCCGAUCCGCACACCCUACUACGUCCGAGCCUCACAGCUCCGCCCUCAGCUCCGCUGCAACUCGUCGAUAACCAAAGACCAAACCCCGAAACCGGACAGCUCUGCCGAGGAGCCUGCGAAGGAAUCGUCCCCCGAUACCCAGGGAUCGGCGCCGACAAACCCGGCGGAGGAGGCCCAAGAUGUCAACCCAGAAGAGCACCUGGAACCUCCAGAGCGGCCACAAGCCCCGAAAGGCGAGAUAGAAGUCCAGCAGGCCGAGCCGACCGAAUUCGCCUAUGUAAUCCCUGGGGAGCCGGUCGCAGAAGCUGAAAUCGGCGGGAUCGAGCCAUCAGGCUCCAAAGAAGCCGCCCUGCCGAGGUUCAACGAUGCCUUCAAGUCUGCGUUUCAGCAAGUCAAGACCGCGAGCGCUGAGAUCGAGGCUGGCAUUUCGGAAGUAGUAGCGCAGCAAAUCGAGGCGGCCGAGGCUGCUGCAACGCAGAAGCAAGAGGAAACCCUAGCCCCACGGCCGGACGACGCAUUUGUCAGGUCUAAAAUGCAAGAGGUGGAGACUUUGUCCGCGCAGAUCCAGGCAGGCCUCCAGGAAUUCGAAGAGCUGGGUGAAGGACGUCGUGCAGCACAACAGGUCGAAACGAUCCUCGAGGAUUCAGCGGACAACGCGCCACAUGACAUGAGCCCUUCUGCCGCGACCGAAGAGGUCUUGGGAGAGGUCCAGUCCCGAGGCCAGGAGGCUCACGAGGCCGCAGCUGUCGCAUCGCAGAGCCAGGCCCCAGAGGCCGUAAAGGAGCCAGAUACCACCACUGCGGCCACGAUCGAGGGUGAAUCUGUCGCAACCGGCUCGGCGGAGACUGCGGAGACACCAGCUGCACUCUCAGACGAGGUUGUAAAGGCUGCGGAAGAAGUGCGAGAAACUGAGGAGGUGGGAAGCGGUGAGGCCGAACUCUCUGAACCUGUGACCUUGACGGCAACAGAAGCCCAGGAGGUUGUCAAUGAGAAGAUCGCGACGAGCGAGCUCGACAAGACACCGCUACAGGAGUCGGCCAGCCACAGCGAUUCCUCGGCUGCAGUCGCUCAAAAGGAACCGAGUCAAUCAAAGCACGACAGACUGAAGGCAGCAGUGGAGAAAGAACUGGGGGAUAAGACGGAGGAGAAGGCCGCCCAGUUAGUUGAGACCACGGAGGAGGAGGACGUGCCAGACGAGCCGUCUCGGCUACCGCGCAACGUGCAGGCUUUCUACCUGCAACCGCUCCGCCGGCAAGCAAAGUAUAACGUGCCCUCUUGCAACCUGCAGCUGCGAUCCUACAGCAUCCGGCCGCUAGAGUCGUUCUGCGACUUUGCCCUGCGCGCGGCAUACUACCUGGGCCUGCCCGCGUACGGCCCCACCCCGCUGCCCAAGAUCAUCCAGAGGUGGACGGUGCCCAAGUCCAGUUUCAUCUUCAAAAAAUCGCAGGAGAACUUUGAGCGUAUCACGCGCCGCAGACUCAUCCAGAUCCGAGACGGACACCCGGAGACUGUGCAGAUCUGGCUGGCGUUCCUGCAGAAGCACCAGCAGGCGGGUGUGGGUAUGAAGGCCAACAUGUGGGAGUUCAGCAGCCUUGAUGUCGCCAAAGAAUUAGACCAGGCAUAUGAGGAGGCCAAACCCUUGAUCGAUGAGAAAUACAACCUCUUGGGCCAGGACAGGGAAAUUGCGACGGUUGAGAAGGUGGAUGAGAUCCUCACUAGCCAGAGGUACAAGUUGGCCGGAGAUUCGUACGCAGUCAAUGUUGCAGAGGCCUCUAGGAUGGCUGAAUACACCGCCAGCGCCUCAAAGCGCCGCCCAGCCUCAACUACCAACACCACCACCACCACCACCACCACCACCACCACAUCUCCAAGCCAUGCGAACCCAAAGGUGAUCUUCUCAGGCAUCCAGCCCACGGGCGUGCCACACCUGGGCAACUACCUCGGCGCGCUGUCGCAGUGGGUCGCGCUGCAGAACGAGGCAGCGGCCAGCGACGUCGGCGGCACCACCCCGACGCGGCUGCUGUUCUCGGUGGUGGACCUGCACGCCAUCACGCUGCCGCAGGAGGCGGCCCAGCUGCGGCGGUGGCGGCGCGAGAUGCUCGCCGCCCUGCUGGCCGUGGGGCUGGACCCGGCGCGCAGCACAAUCUUCCACCAGUCGUCGGUGCCCGCUCACGCCGAGCUCAUGUGGGUGCUCUCGUGCACCGCGUCCAUGGGCUACCUGUCGCGCAUGACGCAGUGGAAGAGCAAGCUGUCGCUGCCGGACGACGCGUCGGCCCUGCCGGCUGGUGACGGCGAGGACUCCCAACAGGGUGGUGGUGGCAACAGCAAGUCCGCCGCCGCCCUCAAGCUCGGCCUCUUCUCCUACCCCGUCCUCCAGGCCGCCGACAUCCUCGUCCACCGCGCCACGCACGUCCCCGUCGGCGAGGACCAGCGGCAGCACCUCGAGUUCGCGCGCGAGUGCGCCGCCGGGUUCAACCACACCUACGGCGCUGGCGGGGGCCAGCGGCGCGUGCUGGUCCCGCCAGAGACCAUCGUCAGCCCGGCGCGGCGCGUCAUGAGCCUGACGGACCCCACAAAGAAGAUGAGCAAGUCGGACGCCAACGCCGCGAGCCGGGUGCUGAUCACCGACGCGCCGGGGGACAUCAAGAAGAAGGUCAUGCGCGCCGUGACGGACUCGCAGAGCGGGUUCGUCAGCUACGACCCGGCGGCGCGCCCGGGGGUGUCGAACCUGCUGGAGAUCCUGGCCAUCCUCGGGGAGGGGAAGGGGGCAAGGACCCCGGAGGAGGUGGCCGGGGAUUUUGCGGGCUCGCAGCACCCGCUCAAGGCGCUCAAGGAGAGGACGGCGGACGCGGUCGUCGCCGAGCUGAGGGAUAUACGUGAGAGGUACAUGGAGCUGCUGGGCAGUAGUGAUGGGAAGGAGCUGGAUGAGAUCGAGGCCCGGGGUGCCGAGAAGGCCAGGGCGAGUGCGGACGCCACGAUGAAGCUUGUCAAGGAGGCCGUGGGGUUUUAG